GUAGUAGUGCUCCUGGGUUUAAAUUGAGUUGAAUGCUUCCAGUCCUAUCUUAAGUGUCAUAGCUGGCCACUCACUUUUACUCUUCACUCUCUCUCACUUUCUCUCUCUUGCUUCUUCCCACAUUUUCUUACCUGUGAAACUUUCAGCUCUUCUUGGACUUUAAGCUGAGGAUCACAGACGUUUGCUGGAGGCUCCCACCCACAGAGCCGCCCUGCAUGCAUCUGGUUUUCACCUGAUCACCUCUCACUGCUGCUGCUGAUCUGUUGGAUCCUCUGGAUUGAGUGCAGCCUGCCCUGGCUGUGCAGCACACACAGGAGUGAGUGCUGAGGACUUGUAGUCAGCCGUGGUUUAACAGGGGAAGAGACAAGCAGUCACCAUGCUGCAGGAAGCUGUGUCAAACAUUUUAGAAUUGCACAGUUAUAUAAUAGCGAGGACCGAUGCCAGAGUUAAAGACUACCCACUGAUGCAGGGCCCCGUAAAGAUGAAUUUAAUCCUGCUGAGUUAUGUCAUCAUCUCAGUGUACAUUGGGCCUCGCCUCAUGACGAACCGCAAGCCCCUGCAACUCAAAACAGCUAUGAUUGUCUACAACCUCUGCAUGGUUUUACUUAACGCCUACAUAGUGUAUGAGUUCAUGAUGUCAGGAUGGGCCACCACCUACACGUGGAGAUGUGACCUCAUCGACACCUCAAACAGCCCAGAGACUCUUCGGAUGAUCCGAGUGUCUUGGUUGUUUUAUUUUUCAAAAUACAUCGAACUCCUUGACACAGUAUUUUUUGUGCUGAGGAAGAAACAAAGCCAGAUCACGUUUCUGCAUGUAUUUCAUCACUCCUUCAUGCCCUGGUCAUGGUGGUGGGGCAUCACACUGACUCCUGCUGGAGGAAUGGGCUGCUUCCAUGCCAUGGUAAAUGCGGGCGUCCAUGUCAUCAUGUACUUCUACUACCUACUAUCUGCUGCAGGACCUCGCUUCCAGAAAUUCCUGUGGUGGAAGAAAUACAUGACCGCCAUUCAGCUUACACAGUUUGUUCUGGUCUCCGUUCACAUCAGCCAGUACUACUUCAUGGAAAAGUGUGACUACCAGGUUCCCCUGUGGAUCCACCUGAUCUGGAUGUAUGGCGUCUUUUUCUUCCUCCUCUUCUCCAACUUUUGGAUACAGGCCUACAUUAAGGGGAAGCGGCUUCCUACCACACAGGACAAGCCAAAACAGAACGGCUCAACCAGUGAACCCAUCACUGUGGAGGCCAAUGGGAAACACCUGGGGAACGGGAACGCACAUAACUACACCAACGGCAAAAUCGUUUUUGGCAAAGUAAAGGAAAUCUGAGUUAGUGACUCUGGAAAUGAGGAGGCGGCAUACAAGGAGAUACCUAGAGCUACCCCAAAAUAAUCAUUCAUAUAUAGUAGCAUAUUGGAACGGCGCUGAAUUCAGUAUGUUACUUCUAAACUGCAUACUUUCUAUAUAGUCUUUUCUUAUAUGCACACUUGGUGGGUUAUGUGUUUUGGCAGUGAUAAGUACUUGCCAUAUUGUGUUUGUUAAUUGAAAACUACUAACUGUGAUGAACACUGUAUGAAGAUUGGUGCUCAUUUUGUCACUGAUAGUAUUCUUCACGUCAGGCUUGGCCAACACAUGCGUGACCUACACUGCUGUUUGUCUGUUGCUCGGGAGUAUCACACAGUUUCCACUGAAGACCAGCACAUAUAAAUAACUGCUACAAAGUUGAUACCAAAACAAAGCUUUCAUUGUAAAUGUCAAACAUUUAGUUUAUUUGUGUUUUUAUUUAUCUUUUGAAAUAAAAAAAAUGUUUUUUAGAUAAAGGUCUUUGUCAUUUGAAAAGCAGUCAUGGUGUGCACUUUGUAAGGAACAUGCCACACCUCCAUUUUUCAAUUUUAAGAAUUGUGGAAAAGAAAUGUUAUACUGUAUAUUACAGUAUUGAUGCAUUUUGCAUUUUUGCAUAAUUAGGUAGUGACAUACACUGUUAUUUUAAUCCAUUAUGAAUUUUACAACAAUGUAUGUUCUACUCUCUCAGCACACUGCAUGAAGUUAAUAGAAAGUACUUUCCAUUUAAUCAGAUUUAGGUAAGAGAAAGUACACUGUUUGUGAAUAUCACUGCAGAAUGUAUAUAGUGAAUGAUAAACCAACCAGUGUUUUUACUGCUUUUGUUCAUUACUCAUGUGCACUGAUGACAGUUGAAGUGUGAUCUAAUUUUGAAGCACUGCCUCUUAAAAGUUGGAUCUAAUAUUUGCUACGAAAAACACACAGUAAUGGAUGUUUAGCUGCAUCCAGGAGCUGUUUGUUACAGUUAACCUCACAAUGUUCAAUAGAUUAACCUGUUUGUUUAAAGCAGAAAUAAAAACUCUGUAAAUGUA